GCCGAGCUGCGGUGCCGCGUCCGGCGGCCGUCCGUCUCCAGCCGCGGAGCCCGUCGGAGGGCUGCCGAGCCCCCUUCCCGACACCAGGCACCCUCGGGCCUCCCGAGCCCCGCCUCGCUCCCGCAACGGCGCUGCACAUGGUGAUGAGUUUCCGGGUAUCUGAGCUGCAGGUGCUCCUUGGCUUUGCUGGCCGGAACAAGAGUGGACGGAAGCACGAACUCCUAGCCAAGGCCCUACACCUCCUCAAAUCCAGCUGUGCCCCCAGUGUCCAGAUGAAGAUCAAAGAACUUUACCGCCGGCGCUUUCCCCGGAAGACCCUAGGGCCCUCUGAUCUCUCUCUGCUCUCUUUGCCCCCUGGCACCUCUCCUGUAGGCUCCCCUGGCCCUCUGACUCCCAUUCCCCCAGCCCUUUUGGCUCCUGGCACCCUUCUGGGCCCCAAGCGUGAGGUGGACUUGCAUCCCCCUCUACCGCAGCCCGUGCACCCUGAUGUCACCAUGAAACCAUUGCCCUUCUAUGAAGUCUACGGGGAACUCAUCCGGCCCACCACCCUUGCAUCCACUUCUAGCCAGCGGUUUGAGGAAGCGCACUUUACCUUUGCCCUCACACCUCAGCAAGUGCAGCAGAUUCUUACGUCCAGAGAGGUUCUGCCAGGGGCCAAAUGUGAUUAUACCAUACAGGUGCAGCUAAGGUUCUGUCUCUGUGAGACCAGCUGCCCCCAGGAGGAUUAUUUUCCCCCCAACCUCUUUGUCAAGGUCAAUGGGAAACUGUGCCCCCUUCCGGGUUACCUUCCUCCCACCAAGAAUGGGGCUGAACCUAAGAGGCCCAGCCGCCCCAUCAACAUCACACCACUGGCUCGACUCUCAGCCACUGUUCCCAACACCAUUGUGGUUAAUUGGUCAUCUGAGUUUGGACGGAAUUACUCCUUGUCUGUGUACCUGGUGAGGCAGCUGACUGCAGGGACCCUUCUACAGAAACUGAGAGCCAAGGGCAUCCGCAACCCAGACCAUUCUCGGGCCCUGAUCAAGGAGAAAUUGACGGCUGACCCCGACAGUGAGGUGGCUACUACGAGUCUCCGGGUGUCGCUCAUGUGCCCGCUAGGGAAGAUGCGCCUGACUGUCCCAUGUCGUGCUCUCACCUGCGCCCACCUGCAGAGUUUCGAUGCUGCCCUUUAUCUACAGAUGAAUGAGAAGAAGCCAACAUGGACAUGUCCUGUGUGUGACAAGAAGGCUCCCUACGAAUCUCUUAUUAUUGAUGGUUUAUUCAUGGAGAUUCUUAAUUCCUGUUCGGAUUGUGAUGAGAUCCAGUUCAUGGAAGAUGGAUCCUGGUGCCCAAUGAAACCCAAGAAGGAGGCAUCUGAGGUUUGCCCCCCGCCAGGGUAUGGGCUGGAUGGCCUCCAAUAUAGCCCACUUCAAGAGGGAAAUCCUUCAGAAAAUAAGAAGAAGGUUGAAGUUAUUGACUUGACAAUAGAAAGCUCAUCAGAUGAGGAGGAUCUGCCCCCAACCAAGAAGCACUGUCCUGUCACCUCAGCUGCCAUCCCAACACUACCUGGAAGCAAAGGAGUCCUCACACCUGGUCACCAGCCCUCCUCGGUGCUACGGAGUCCUGCCAUGGGCACCUUGGGCAGUGAUUUCCUGUCUGGUCUCCCACUACCUGAGUACCCACCUGCCUUCCCCCUGGGGGCUGAUAUCCAAGGUUUAGAUUUAUUUUCUUUUCUUCAGACUGAGAGUCAGCACUAUGGUCCUUCCGUCAUCACCUCGCUAGAUGAACAGGAUGCCCUUGGCCACUUCUUCCAGUACCGGGGGACCCCUUCCCACUUCCUGGGUCCACUGGCCCCCACACUGGGGAGCUCCCACCGCAGCUCCACUCCAGCACCCUCUCCUGGCCGUGUCAGCAGCAUUGUGGCUCCUGGGGCGCCCUUGAGGGAGGGACAUGGAGGACCUCUGCCUUCAGGCCCCUCUUUGACUGGCUGUCGGUCAGAUAUCAUUUCCCUGGACUGAGUUCCUUGGAUUCUGGAACCUUCACUGUCCUCCAACACUGAGCAAAUAUGCUGUGUGGACCCCCAGCCCCUGGCCACUCUCAUCCCUCGGGGGCUGUGGCCAAAGGCCACACAGACCUUCAAGGACACCUACUUUGGCCUCAUCUCUGCCUAACAAAGCCAGCAGCAAAAGGUCAAUAUUCAGCUUCUUUUAAAGGACACUGGGGACUGUUCUUUAGAUGGUGGCACGUUCCUUUGCUGUGUUAACCUAGGCAGUGGGGAGCAGAUGAGAUGGGGUGGCAGUUGGGGAAGGGUUGGAGGCUCCUGGGGAAGGGGCCUUUUUUUUUGUCUGUGAGAUGCCCUCUCCGUCCCCCAAGCCCAACCAUUCAUACUUUUCAUGUCCAUUCCGUUCCCUUUGGCCACACAGGUGGCAGGAAAGACAGGCAGUUUCAGAGAUGGACAAAAAACCUCUAUUUUGUGUUGUGGAUUUUUUUGUACAUAAACAGAAAACUCCCAAAUACUCCAAAGAUGACUUUCCUGCCCCUACUUCCCAGUUUGACUGAGUAGGAGAGAGGCCUUAAGUCAAGAUCCCCAGGGUUUGAGAACAGGGAGGGCCCAGCGACUGCCUGGGUCCCUCUCUAUUUAUAUAUUUAAGUUCACAGCGGGUCUGAACACUGACCAGCCUGGGGCCUGUGCCUCUGGAGGCCCACCUGUGCCUCUCGAGGCCAUGGCCCUGGGCUUCGCCCUGGCUCAUUUUGCACCUUUCCUGGCAGGUGGGAGGACCCUUGUGUCCUCCUUCCCAAUCUCUUUUCUCUGGCUCCUCAAGGGCCUGGAACCUAUGUUGUAAUUUUACUUUUUACUUUCAGAUUGUAGCAAAGUUCUCACCCUAAUAAAGGUUGUGAAUGUUC